AAAUAGUUAAGUGUAAGAAACUUGCAAUACGGUUUUAUUACCGUAAUAAAACCUUAAGAUGAGAGAGAGAGAGAGAGAGAGAGAGAUUGGGUGUCCUGUUGUUAUUUCCCCUUCUCCCUUGCUUCAUUUAUAUGAUUUCGGCUAACCACUAGAACAAGGGCUUUAGACUCCUCUCUCUCUUCCUUUCGAUGAGUGAGAAUGUAAGAGGUGUUUCUGUGUGCAUCGUGUGUUUGUUGUAGUUCUUCUGCGCCGGAAGUACUACAGUAUUGUAACAGUGUGUGAGGUUGCAGUGAGUAGGGUCACCGGCCUUUAUGGCUUCGCCGCUCAUUCUCCUUCUUGCCGGCGCCGUCCUCUUGCUAACCUCCCACCCCGGCGGCGCCACCGACCUGGGCUCCGACAUGGCCGCCCUCCUCGCCUUCCGCGACAGCGUUGGCCGGUUGGCGCUGCCGUCUUGGAACGCCAACUCUCCCGGUGCGCCCUGCUCGUGGCAGGGCGUCGCCUGCGAGUCCGGCCGCGUCGGCUGUCUCCGCCUCCCCGGCGCCGGCCUCAUUGGCCGUAUCCCCGCCGCUGUCGGCAAUCUCACUUCCCUCCGUACCCUCAGCCUCCGCUUCAACGCCCUCUCCGGGCCCCUGCCGCCGGAGCUCGCCAGCCUCGCUGCGCUCCGGAACCUCUACCUGCAAGGAAACCGCUUGUCCGGGGACAUCCCGGGGUUCCUCUCCUCCCUAAAGAACCUCGUCCGCCUCAACCUCGCCGGCAACCAGUUCACCGGCGGGAUUCCACCGGAGCUCAACAACCUCACCCGGCUCGGGACGCUGUUUCUUGACAACAACCAGCUCACCGGCGGGAUUCCGGACCUCGAUCUCUCCAACCUCGUCCGGUUCAACGUGUCUUACAACCAGCUCAACGGAUCGAUCCCGGCUAAGCUCCGCUCUCAGCCGGCGAGCGCAUUCCUGGCUACGGGCCUCUGCGGUGGUCCCCUCGGGCCGUGCCCGGGCGAGAUCGCGCCGUCUCCAUCGGCGGAGGAGCCGGCCGCCGAGAAUGCCGGCGGCGGGGCAGAGAAUAACAGCGAGAAGAAGAACAAGAACAAGCUCUCCGGCGGGGCGAUCGCCGGGAUCGCAAUUGGUGCCGCAGCCUUCUUGCUCAUCGUGCUUGUGUUGCGGAUACUAGUCUGCCGCCGGAGAAAGAAACGGCCGGCGGCCGGCGGGAAGCAGAUCGCGAUGGUGGCGGCUGCUCAAGAGCAGAGGGAUAAGGGUUCAGGGGAAGGAGGAACAAACGGCAACGGCCCUGCGGCGACUCCAGUGGAUGCAGCGGUGAAGGCUGCGACGUCAGCUGCCGGGGAUAAGAAACUGGUGUUCUUCGGCCGGGGAGGGGCAAGGCGGUUCGACCUGGAGGAUCUGCUGCGAGCGUCGGCGGAGGUGCUGGGGAAGGGCACGUUCGGGACAACUUACAAGGCGGUGCUCGAGACUGGGAUAACGGUGGCGGUGAAGCGGCUCAAGGACGUGAAUCUGCAGGAGCAGGAGUUCAAGGAGAAGAUGGAGGCCAUCGGGGCGAUGGACCACCCCAACGUGGUGCCCCUCAUGGCAUACUACUUCAGCAAGGAUGAAAAGCUCCUCGUCUAUGAUUACGUGCCAAUGGGGAGCCUCUCCGCCCUCUUGCAUGGCAACAGAGGAUCUGGUCGAACGUCUUUCAACUGGGUAACACGAAUUGGAAUUGGACUUUCAGCAGCACGUGGCAUCGAAUAUAUUCACUCGACAGGCCCUUCAUCCUCACAUGGCAACAUCAAAUCCUCCAACAUCCUCCUCACCAAACCAUAUGAAGCCCGUGUGUCCGAUCAUGGCCUUGCCCUUCUCAUGGGUUCAGCUUCCACUACGACUCGGAUUGCAGGAUAUCGUGCCCCGGAAGUUGCUGAUCCUCAAAAGGUCUCUCAGAAGGCUGAUGUUUAUAGCUUUGGUGUUCUCCUGCUUGAGCUGCUCACGGGCAAGGCCCCGGCACAGGCCCUACUCAAUGACGAAGGCAUCGACCUACCAAAAUGGGUCCAAUCGGUUGUGAGAGAGGAGUGGACAGCGGAGGUGUUUGAUGUGGAGCUGCUGAGGUACCAGAGUGUGGAAGAGGACAUGGUGCAGCUCCUGCAGCUUGCCAUGGAAUGUGUGGCACAGUACCCAGACAAACGGCCUUGUAUGGCCGAGGUGGUGAUCCGCAUCAAUGAGAUCAUAAAAUCGAGCCAAGGAUCUUCCUACCAAGACCAGCAGAGCAGCCCACAAAGCAUUGACGAUGGUGAUGACCACGCCUCUCGCCAGUAUGACCCAGUCAAUGUACCGAACCCUCCUGGUGAUGAAUAGACCAAAACUUAGCUCUUGGGCCCUGCAUUCAGAGCAUGACUCCCAUCUCUGGAGCCAUGGUGGUUUUUCUUUUAAAUCAUUUAUUGUGAUUAAGCAAUAUGUGCAUGCUGUUUGUUCCU